GAAGUCAUCGCAACGUGCUCCCCGAAUAAACGUCAACAUGGAACUCGAAGUUGACGAAGCAUCAAAAUCACUAGUAGCGUCAUGGUUCUCGGACGAAAGCGUCGACUCAGAGCCUGAAGACAUUCCAUCAAAAGCGAAGAAGAACAGGAAAAAGGCUAAAGAUGAAAAAACAAGAUCUCCAACUGUAAAAGAGAAAAUCAGCAAUGGAAUUAAGCAAUCUUCACCAUCCAAAGGAUCACAAUCUACAAAGAACAUCAGCAGUGUGUCAUCAUUUGUGGAGGAAAAACUGAAGAAAAAACUGAAAAAGUCUCAACACAUUAAAGAUGAUGAGAACAAAGAAACUGAGAAGAAAUUCACAGGUAUGAAGAAGAAGAUGUCUACAGGUGAUAGUAGUGAUGAUGAGGAGAGUAAAUCAGCAUUGGUGGCUAAGAAGUCCCCCAACCAGACUCCAAUACAGGCACACACAGUGGAGAGUCUUCAACAAAAACUACAGGACAACACUUUGUCAAAUACUGCCAAGAAAAAAUUGAAGAAAAAACUCAACACACUUUUAAGCAAUGAAAAAGAAGGUAGUAAAUCUACUGAAAAGCAAACCGAAAAACACAAGAGUGAAACAAAUGUUACCAAGAAAAAUAAAGAAAAAGCAGAGAAGGGUAAAACUGAGGCCAAGCUUGUGAAUGGAACAGGCAACAAAGGAAAUGUCAAGAGUGAUAUCAGAGGGGACAAUGAGGGGAAGAAAGCUAAAACAGAAAAGAAACUGAAGGAAAAACAGAAGAAACAACCUAAAUCAGAUAAAACUAUUGAAUCAGUGGAAACUCCUAAGUCUAAAAAGAGACAGAAGGAAGAAAGUUCCUCUGAUGAGUCUGAUGAUGAUAAUCAAGUGGUAAAAAAGAAACCAAAGGUCAAAAGGUCAGAAAAUUCUGGAACUCCAGACCGUUCCAGACACAGCAUAGCAACUUUAGAACAGAAACUUAACGUCACCACUUCAAAGGUGGCCCGUAAAAACAUCAGGAAGAAGAUCUCAGAAUUGAAAGCAAGACA